CUCGCCUCGCUCAGUACAGCCCUGCCGCUGGAGAGUUCACUCGUCGUCUGCAAGCUCCAGCCCAAAAAAUCGUCACAUCGAACCCUUUUUUUAUUUUAUUUAUUCGGUUCUCGGUCGAAACCUCACCUCGGAACAAGAUGUGACUCCAUGCACGACGUGUCGAUAUCGUGUAGAACAUUAAUGUCGUGCGAAAGAGCCGGGAGAAGCCGAGGCUGUUUUUUUUUUUUGCGAAUGGAAGUUAUUGUUGUGAAUUGUUUUGACUAUGUUCUGCCGAAGUGAGUUUGGCUUCAGUGAGUCUCUGCUCGAGGUCCACCCUUAAACCUGGAGUUUAUCUACGAGUAUUCGAGGGGGAACCGCCGAACCGGGGGAUUGUGUUUGAGAAAAAAAAAAGGGCAGCGAGCUGUACGGCAGACCCGGGGAUUUAAAUCGUCAUUUGGUGCGCUGCUGCUGCUGCUCCGGGAGAGGCGAGAGUCGGAAGAUAGCGAUUCAUGUGGCCAUUCUUUUUAUAGCGAAACAUUUUGGAUUGCAUGAUGAGCAAAGAACGACCUAAGAGGAACAUCAUUCAAAAGAAAUACGAUGACAGUGAUGGAAUCCCGUGGUCAGAGGAGCGGGUGGUGCGCAAGGUGCUGUACCUCUCCCUCAAGGAGUUCAAGAGCGCGCAGAAGCGGCAGAUGGAUGGGGACGGAACCACAAACCCCGACGGUUCCUUGACAAAUGGACAGCUGAACGGCUCGGGGUCAAAGGGCGGCCACAAGGAAGAGCGCUCCAAGAGCCUGGAUGGGAGCAACAAGUACUCAGAGGACGGCCCCGCGAAGAAGAGGCCUCGGCUCCAGGCUCAGAGGAAGUUCGCCCAGUCCCAGCCCAACUCCCCCAGCACCACGCCCGUCAAGGUGGCCACCGAGGGGGGCUCGGCGCCGGCCAGCCUGCCGCUCGCCCCGCCCCCUUCCUCCUCCUCCUCAUCCUCCCUCUCCUCCCUGUCCUCGCUCUGCCUCUCCUCCUGCGCCUCGGCCUCGGCCUCCACCGCCGUCUCCUCCGCCCCCGCCUCGGCCCCGGCCUCCGCCUCCACCUCCACCUCCACGGCCUCCGCCGCCGCCUCCAUCCAGGAGCUGACCCGGCGCAAGCCCAAGACGGAGGACUUCCUCACGUUCCUCUGCCUGAGAGGCUCCCCGGCCCUGCCCAGCCACAUGGCCUACUUCGGCAGCUCUCAGGACGAGGAGGACCUGGAGGACAACUGCGGGGAGACGCGGGAGGAGCCCGUCAGGAAGAGCCAUUACCACGGCAACGGCCCCUACGCCUCCUACACCUCCUCCUCCUCCUGCCAGUCCACCCCGCGCAAGGGCAAGACCCCGGGCAGACAGCCCCUCAACGGACACGUGUUCAACGGGCACGGGAAGGCGGGCACCAGGGAGAGCCCGCGGGGGCCCAAGGCCGGGUCCGUCCGCCGCGAGCCGAUACGCCCGCCCCCCCCUCCGCCGCCGCCCCCCCUGCUGAGGGAGCGCAGCGAGCGGGCCGAGGCGCGGGAGCAGACCCGGGAGCAGCACGCCCGGGAGCAGCAGGCCCUGGCCAGCGCCCGGAGUGCCAACGGGCUGUUGGCCCGGGGGCGGGCCGCCGAGGAGCUCCGCAAGCAGGCCUCCAGAGUGAACGGGCUGACGCGAGGCUCCACGGCGGGCGCCAAGAAGGGGCGGGACUUCCGGCUGCCAGCCCGAACUGUGAAGAAGUACACGGCCACCGUGUCCAAGGGCCACGUCACCUACACCAAAGCCAAGCAGAGGGACCUGGGCAAGAAAACCAAACAGCUCAGCAGCAGCAAACACAGCAACGGCAGUGGGGCCGCUGCCCACAAUCACAGCCACAAUCAGCACAGCCAGCCAGCAGCCGGCCCCCCGCCGGCCCACUCAGGGAGAGCCGCACCGGCGGCGGCGGCGGCGGCGUCCACAGCGCCGGCCCACCACAGCAAUGCAAAAACCCGCAAACAGGUGCUAAUGUCCAACGGGGGGCUGCUGCACAAGGUGGCCGCGGGCACCCGCCUUAACGGCCGCCUCAACGGGCAGCGCCACAACUACCAGGCCCAGGCUCAGGCGCAGGCCGACAGCCAGGGCCGGGAGGGCCGCGAGGGACGCGAGGGCCGGGAGGGCCUGCGCCACUCCAAGAGGCGGCUGGAGUCGUCGGGCGGCGGCGGCGGCGGCGGCGGCGGCGAGGCCAAGAGGUCCGGCGCAGUCGCCGCGACGACCGCCACCACCGCCGCCCUCGCCGAGGCCAAGAAGGCCAAGCUCCAGGCCCCUCCCCUGGAGACGCGUAGCAACAGCAGCACGGGCCGGAAGGCGGGCCUGCAGGAGAAGGCCGCCGCCCCGUUGGCGCCGGUGACCAACGGACACGCCCCCGAGCCCACCGCCGCCACGGCGCCCUCCGCCCCGGUCGCCCUGCCCUCCACGCCCCCUCCCCGACAGAGCCCGCCCCCCUCCUCACCAGCAGCCAGCACGGAGCCAAUCAACACGCGGCCCAAGCGGGCGUCGGCGGGCAAGCUGAUGUUGAUCCGACAAGCACAGCAGCAGCAGCAGAGCAGGUCUCACGCUCGCAGCGCCUCCUCCUCCUCCUCCUCCUCGUCCUCCUCCUCUUCCUCGUCGUCCUCGUCCUCGUCCUCUUCCUCCUCCCCCGCCCCGGGCCACAACCCGGGGCGCGCCGGCACUACCUCAGACCCCCAGCACCCGGCGGCGGCCGCCUCCCCCUCCCUCUCCACCUCCUCCCCCUCCUCCUCCCGGACGGGCCUGCACGCCGGCCCCCCCGGCCCGGGGGACCGCGAGCGGGAGUGGGAGCGGGAGAAGGAGCUCUCCCGGCAGCAGGAGGGCGAGCCGGACCGGGAGCGCCGGCGGAGCCGCCCCGAGGGCUGGCCGUCGCUGAGCGCGGCGCCCGUCCUCCGGCCGGGCUCGCAGGAGUUCCAGGACCCCCUGGUGUACCUGGCGGCGGUGCGGGAGCGGGCGGAGGGCGCGGGGCUGUGCCGCGUGGUGCCCCCCCACGACUGGCGGCCCGAGUGCAAGCUGAGCGAGGAGAUGCGCUUCGUGACGCAGGUGCAGCGCGUCCACAAGCUGGGCCGGCGCUGGGGGCCCAACGUGCAGCGCCUGGCCUGCAUCCGCAAGCACCUCAAGGCCCAGGGCAUCCGCAUGGACGAGACCCCCGUCAUCGGCGGCUGCGAGGUGGACCUGGCCCGCUUCUUCCAGCUGAUCAACGACAUGGGUGGCAUGCAGCAGGUCAUGGACCUGAAGAAGUGGAACAAGCUGGCCGACCUGCUGCGCAUCCCGCGCUCGGCCCAGGACCGGCUGGCCAAGCUGCAGGAGGCCUACCUGCAGUACCUGCUCUCCUACGACUCGCUGGGCGCGCCCGAGCGCCUGCGGCUGCACGCGCAGGUGCUGCGCGAGAAGCGCAAGCUGGAGGCGCGCCGGGGCCCCCUGGAGGCCCACGCCGACCCCCUGCUGGCGGGGCCCGGCGGGGGCCUGGUGCUGCUGCCGCGCUACGAGCCCAAGAACGGGCUGGCGUGCGGGCUGGUGGCAGGCGCGGCCGGGGCGGGGCACCGGCGCGGCGGCGGCGGGGCGGCGGCGGCGGCCUGUCGUCGACUGCAGGAGCUGGAGGCGCAGGUGAAGGCGGGACGGCGCCGGCUCUUCACUCAGGAACAGCAGAGCGGGCGGGAGGAGGAGGAGGAAGAGGAGGAGGCCCUGUGUGGGGAAGAGGAGGAGGAGGAGGAUGAAGAGGAGGAGGAGGAGGAGGAGGAAGAGGAUGCAGGUGUUCUCAGCGACCAGCACAAGUGUAUUUACAAGGGGAAAUCUAUGUCUCUGACCAACUUCUUCAGGAUAGCUCGGAACACCAUGACCAUGUGCUUUAACAAGGACCCCGGGGAGGCCGAGGUGGAGCAAGAGUACUGGAGGAUCGUGGAGCAGAGGGACUGCCACGUGGCAGUGCAUCAUGGGAAGGUGGACACCAGUACUCACGGGAGUGGAUUCCCAACGGGGAAAUCAGAGCCAUUUUCAAAACACGGGUGGAACCUCACCGUCCUUCCUAACAACUCUGGAUCCAUUCUGAGGCAUCUGGGUGCUGUACCCGGGGUGACCAUUCCCUGGCUGAACAUUGGCAUGGUCUUUACUACCUCAUGCUGGUCUCGAGACCAAAACCGCCUUCCAUACAUAGAUUACCUACACACUGGUGCUGACUGCAUUUGGUAUUCUGUCCCUGCGGAGGACAAGGCCAACCUGGACAAGGUGGUCCACACGCUGCUCCAGGCCAACGGCACGCCCGGGCUGGACAUGCUCGAGAAGAACAUCAUGAUCUCCCCGGAGGUUCUGUGUCGUGAGGGCAUCAAGGUGUACCGCACGGUGCAGCGCUGCGGGGAGUUCGUGGUCUGCUUCCCCGGGGCCUUCGUGUCCAAGGUGUGCUGCGGCUACAACGUGUCGGAGACGGUGCACUUCGCCACGCCGCACUGGAUGGACCUGGGCUACCAGGCCGCCAAGGACCUGAAAUGCCGUCGCAUCGCGAAGCCCUUCUCCAUGGAGAAGCUGCUGUACCAGAUCGCCUCGGCAGAGUCCAAGAGGGACAACGGCCUCCUGCUCAACACCAUCGCUGCCCUACUCAAAGACCUCAGGAACAUGGAGAUGCGCCAGCGGGAGGAGCUGUUCCAGGCGGGCCUGCUGUCGUCGGCGCGCUACGGGACCCACGACGGCAGCCUGGGGCCCACCGAGAGCCGCAAGAAGCCGCGCGGGAAGUGGCUACCACUGGAGUCCUCCGAGAGACGCUGUCAGACCUGCCUGCACCUCUGCUACCUGUCCAUGGUGGUCCAGGAGACGGACAACGUGGUCUUCUGUCUGGAGUGUGCCCUGCGCUACGUGGACAAGCACAAGUCCUGCAGAGGCCUCAAGAUGAUGUACCGAUACGACGAGGAGCAAAUCAACAGCUUGGUGAACCAGGUGUGCGGCAAGGCCCUGGGGAAGAGCAGUGGAGGCGUGGGGGUCGGUGGAGCAGGCGGGGGUGGAGGAGGAGGAGGCGGGCUGUUGGUGGUGGGGGGAGACCUCCGCCACAGCCCCAGCCAGGGGGUCAAAGCCUCUCCGGCCAAGCGGGGGCCUCGCAAGCGUGCCACGGUGGAGGUGUCCCUCUCUCGCCUCAGCUCUGCCCACAUGCCCAAGGCGGCGGCGGCCGUGUCCUGAGUGACCCCUGAACCCCCCCCCCCCCCCAUUCAUCGCCCCUCGCCCACGCCCUGCAUAAGCCCCCCCUCUUGCCUUCCGUCGUGUUUUUUUUCUUUUACCUACACUCUGUUCCCAUGCCCCCCCCAGACUGCCCACCCAUAUUCAAAAUAUGAUUGUGAGCUUUAGACGCAAAGAUGACCCCGUGAUAUUCACCCUCCCCCCUUAGUAUGACAAGCUUGCUUCUAAGAAAAGGAAAAAAAACGGAAACAGCGAGAUGUCAGUGUUUUUUGCACUAGCGUGAAAGAAGAAUUUAUUUUUGUUUGACUUGUUUCUCCUCUAACUUUCUUCGAGUCGUCCAUUUUUUUGUUUUCGCUCCCUAGCAUUAAGUGUGAAGUUCACAGGUGGACUUGAUGAGCCGGAAAAUAAACUCCUCCCCCUACCCUAAACACCAACCGACACACCCAAACAUGAAGAGGGUAACUGUGGUUACCCAGCUGCCUCCCCUCCCCAAUUUCACUACCUUUUCCCUCACAACACAGGCUCCUCAUCACGAAUCACUUAACUGUGAACGCAAGAACAGACGAUAGGGACGUUGGUUUUAACUAAAAUCCCCCCCGACCCAGUUUUUAAUGUAACGUUUAAGUGACACCAAGUAGUGACCCAAAGUUUGGCUCUGUCCUCGCUUCUCAGGACGAGUGGAGUCCAUUUUAUUUUGUUGUUUGUUUCUCGGCCUCGAAACGGCCCCCUUGUGGUUGUUGCCGACGGGAGGGGUCCGGCGAGACGAGGUGAAAACUUGAAAAAGGCGGAUAACGUUUUAUUUUCAUUGACUUUGUUUAUUGUUCUUUUGAUUAUGUUCUGUUGUGGGUUUUAGCUUUUUACUAGCUCAUUUUUUUUCCCCCUCGCGAGAAGUCUUCUGUGUAUUUUCUACUUUGUCGCCGACAUUGCUUCCUCUUGGGUGUACGUGAGGACGGAGGCUUUGCCCUUUCCCUUCCUCUCAGCAGGGAGCCAUACCUCCUGCACUCGCGAGGGGGAACUGUGCCUGAUACACUGCGAGGAGGUCCAUGUUAUUUGGUGCUUUUGGUUAGAAUUACUGUAUAACAAUACAAAAAGAUGAAAGAUCCGGACAGGAGGGGGGGAAGCGGCGGCGGCGGAGGGGUUGGAGUCAGCAGUUGGUCGAGUCCCUUCCCCCCUACCUCCCCCGUCCCCCCUGUCCCGUCCCAAAGGGCGGGAAAGCGAGAGGGAGAGAGAGGGAGGGCUUUUCCCGCUCCUAAAUGAUGUGCAAUCGUGUUAACAUUCCAUUCUUCCAGUCGUCUCGUUUCAGCUGUACCGGUAAACAUAUGAAUUAUUAUAUUAUAUUAUAAUUAUUUUUGGGUGUUUUUUCUUUUCUUUUUUUUUGAGAUCUUUUUGUUUCCUCUUGUUUUUUUUAUCUAAUGUGCUAUUCUGAGUAGAGCCACUAGUCAAAGAGUGUAAAAUGUGAAAUACAGAGUCCCACAUUGUUUUUGUUUCUUUCCUCUUUACCGCUGAGACUUUUCAUUGGAUUCCCCCACCUCCCCGCUUGCCCGCCCCAAUUUGCAAAUGUAUUGAGACUUAAAACGGCAACGACAACGAAAAUCUCCCUUUUUGUGUACAUAAUCCUGUAUAUUUCUUUAAAAAAAUACUUGAGCCUUUUUUCUUGGGUGAAGGAAGAAGGAAGGAAGGCAGGGGGAGAGAGGGGGAGAGAGAGAAUACUUUCUGGUUAAGGAAGAGGAGGAGGAGGAGGUGCCGAUGAAGAAAAAGCCUUACAUUAUCCUUUCUUCAUCCAUGUGAGUUGUGACUGGGUUGCUCCAUUUUAAAGCGUGUAUAAAAACAAAAUUAAGUGCUGCUUAUAUCAGUAAGAAAGGAGACGAGGAGUAGCAACCCCACCCCCCCCCCCCUCCCCCACACACACACUCGCCCCCCCCCCCCCCCCCCCCCCCAACCUAGUUCUGUUUGUUUAGCUUUACUUUUUUAAAGAAAAGGGAAAAAAAAUAUCAUCACAAAAAAAUGGGUUUUUACAUUUUCAUUACUGAAAAUUCAAGGAGAAUCUAGUAGCUACUCAUGUUGCACUGAGCUUGCCAGUGGUGACUGUCAAGAAUAAAUCCUACUAUCCAGUUUGUUGGUUGUCCUUCCUCCCAGAAGAAUGAACUGUUUUAGGACUAUUUAAUGAAACGCCAAGUCGGGCGUUUUCAACAUUUAAACUAAAUAAAAUAAGUGGUUGUCGAGUUUUUAUGGCCUUACGAUAUAUUUUAUUCAAACCGGUCUUCUUUGCCCCGGACACUCUGGUGCAGUUAUGUUUUUUUGAGUUGUUCUGCAUUUUCUACAGUAUAAAGUACUUUACUCUGGGGUCCAUGGGCCACUUAAUUUAUUAGUACCGUGUCUCCGCCUUUCCCACACGGAAAGAGAGUCCCAUGUUGGUUGUAUUGACAGUUUUUUACUUUUUGCAGUUUAUACCUAAAGGUUUAAUAAAAACUUGCUGACAAUUCA